AUGGCGGCGCAUUCCGCGGCGCGCGCCUACCACAUCGGCCAGCCUGGAGCCAAGUGGGGCCCUGCGGAGGUGGCGCAGUGGCGCAGCGAGCGCGUCAAGUCGCGCAGCUACGAGGACGACGUCGUGAAAGCCCUCGACCCGCUCCGCGCGUCCUUCGACGUCGUCGAAUACGGCACGAUCACUUAUGAUGGUCCCAUCGCGCACGCGCUCUACGCCGUGAAAACCAAGGACUGGGACGGCGCCAAGCCGUCCGUCUUGGUCACCGGCGGCGUCCACGGCUACGAGACGUCGGGCGUCCACGGCGCGCUGCGGUUCCUGGCGACGGACGCCCUCGCCUACGCGGCCAGGGGCCUCAACGUCGUCGUCGCGCCGUGCGUGUCGCCCUGGGGCUACGAGCACAUCCAGCGGUGGAACCCGGACGCCGUCGACCCGAAUCGUUCCUUCAAGCGCGGCGACGCGGCGGCGUGCGGCUCCCAGGAGGCCGCGGGCCUCGUGCGCCUGCUCGAGUCGUGCGGCGUCGCCCGGUGGGCGUGCCACGUCGAUUUGCACGAGACGACGGACACGGACGAGACCGAAUUCCGCGCCAAGGCCGCGCGCGACGGCGAAGACAGCGAGCCGGGGACGAUCCCCGACGGCUUCUACUUGUGCGGCGACGAGCAGAACCCGCGGCUCGACUUCCAGCGCGCCGUCAACGCCGGCGUCGCCGAGGUGACGCACAUCGCGCCGGCGGAUCCCGACGGCACGAUCAUCGGGUCGCCGGUCGUCGACGACGGCGUCAUCCUCUACGACUACGCGGCGCUCGGCCUCUGCGGCGGCGUCACGAACGCCAAGUUCACGACGACGACGGAGGUCUACCCGGACAGCCCGAAGGCGACGGACGAGCUGUGCAACCUGGGCCAGGUCGCGGCGAUCAAAUCCGCGCUCGACUUCCUCCUCGCGUCAAUGUAG